AUGGCUUCUUGGUUUUCUCAACUUUCAAGUACUGUUUCAAAUGUUACUGGUCUCGGCAGUGGUACUGUGGAGAAAGUAGAAACGAUAGCCGAUACAAUUAAGGAUGGACAGGCAUAUACAGCUUUAGAUGAACAUGAUUUAGAAUGGACAUUAGCUUCAGGAUCUUCAACGGAGAAUCAAGUAUUUUACGUAACAACACCCAAAGGUGGUUUUGCAUUUGUGCAGCUUAUUCAUUCAAAUAUAGGUUUGUGGAAUCCAACAAUAUCAUUUACCUGCAAGUUCUACGAUCCAGAGACAAAUACCAGCGUGUUCAAAAAUAUCAACAUGAGUAAUAAAUUCGAAUUGUCAAAAGAUAAAAAAUCUGUGAAAACAGAUUUCUUCAAUAUACAACUCGACACUGCUCAGAGAAUCUAUAAGGUUAACAUCACACAUCCAGAACUUGUUGUAUCCUUGGAUUUCGAGUGUAUAGAUAAGGGAUUCAAAGUAGGUGAAGGUAAAACCUAUCUAGGUGGUGAUAGAUCCUCAGCCGCUGGAUUUGUUUCUCACAAAUUCUGGCCCAGAGCAGCUGCCAAAGGAACGUUCAUUAUCGAUCAAAAAAUUUUUGAGGUCGAAGGUCAGGGCAUGUUCAUUCACGCCAUUCAAGGUAUGCAACCUCAUUUGAUUGCUUCAAAUUGGAACUUUGCCAACUUCCAAUCAACAAAUGGCUGUUCAAUUGGUAUGAUGCAGUUUCAAACAACAAAACAAUAUGGUUCUGUCAAUAUCAAUCAAGGAUCCUUGGUUUUGAAUGACAAACUUGUAUGCGUAUCCAUUGAAAAUCAUGUUGAACUAAGUGAUAAAAAGAAGGAUCCUGAUACAGAAUAUGACAUUCCUCAGUUAGUCGAAUUCACUUGGAAAGGAAAGACGAUUAAAGCAGACGAAAGUGAUACACCCAAAGAUGUGGCUAUUACAAUGAAAGUACACCCUAGCAACCUAAUUGACAAGAUUGAUGUACUUGCUGAAAUUCCAUAUUUCAUUCGAAAACUUGUUCAAUCCUUAAUAGUCAAACCAUAUAUAUAUCAAUGGAUUGAUAAGGCAACUGCCGAAAUAACCAUCGGUGAUGAAAAAACUUGCGUUGAGGGACAUUGCUUUCAGGAGCUUGUCUUUGUUUCCAGCUUUUGA